AGCAUGCCUAUUUUGUCCGGACAUAAACAAAGACUGGAGUUGGGUCUUCAAUACACUGUGGGAUAUUGGUCGGUACUGUGCCGACAACACUCUAAAUUAAAAGUUUCACUCGCUCCAGGAAUCAUGGAAGGUGCAUUGUCGUUGCGAGUGAGCGUAUUUACUGACCAAGGUGGAAGGAAAUAUAUGGAAGACGUGACCGAGGUCAUAGUUGAACCGGUGCCGGGCGAGGAUGAACGGGCAUCGCUUGAAACCGAGGAGGACAUCGUGAUGAACUCUUGUCCAAACUCCCGUUCAGAAAGGCCGGAAGAAGUUAAAGGAUCGUCCCGUGUACCUCCUCGGACCUUACACGGGGCAUCGGAUGAUUCUGUUUUUCCUGGAUCAUUAAGUCCGCCUCGAUCACCGUCUGUCGCUUCCCGCCGCUCCGUGGCUUUCUUUGCGGUCUUCGAUGGCCACGGAGGACGGGAAGCGGCGCAGUUUGCACGGGACUAUCUAUGGGACCUGCUGAAGAAGCAGCGGGGUUUCUGGUCAGAUUGCGACCGGGAGGUCUGUGCCGCCAUCAGCAAAGGUUUUAUAGCUUGUCACCACGCGAUGUGGAAGAAGCUCCCUGAAUGGCCAAAGACGCUCACUGGUCUCCCGAGCACGUCUGGUACCACAGCCAGCGUUGUUGUCAUCAGAGGAAACCGCAUGUACGUGGCCCAUGUGGGGGAUUCUGCAGUGGUCUUAGGUGUCCAGGAUGAUCCUGCCGACCCCUUCAUCAGAGCAGUGGAGGUCACGCAAGAUCACAAACCAGAGCUGCCGAAAGAGAAGGAGAGAAUUGAAGGUCUAGGAGGGAGUGUAAUCAAGAAGUCAGGAGUAAACCGGGUCGUCUGGAAGAGACCAAGGCUGACCCACAAUGGACCAGUUCGUCGCAGCACAGUCAUCGACCAGAUUCCUUUCUUAGCCGUGGCUCGAUCCCUGGGAGACCUGUGGAGCUACGACUUCUACAGUGGAGAGUUUGUGGUUUCUCCUGAGCCGGACACCACUGUGUUAACGUUGGACCCCAAAAAACAACGCUAUAUUAUCCUGGCCAGUGAUGGUUUAUGGAAUAUGGUGCCACCGCAAGAGGCCAUCUCUAUGUGUCAGAAUAAUGACAAUGAGGUACCUUGUGGGAUGCCAAGUGCCCAGCAGCUGGUCAACUAUGCUCUGGUGAGGUGGCGUCAGCGGAUGUUGCGUGCUGACAACACAAGUGCCAUUGUAAUUGCCCUGCAUGAACCUGGCACUUCCUUGGACACCUUGCUGAAUGAUGAGGUGUUGCUGGAUCUCACCAAGGUGACCAAUUGCCUGCCCACUUCCCACUCCCGGGCCAACACUCCUCUCCUUCAUUGCACUCAAGAGGAAAGCACUCCUGCAGCUGUUUGUGGCCUUCUGCCUGUUCUGGAACGACAUGAUGGACUGUCUGGCAGUAACCGGUUCCACUUGCCUGCCUCUGACCCGUUUGCUCUUGAACCAAUGUUUCCUGAUGACACCGCUGAGCUUCAAAGCCACACAAGUCCUAGCGAAAGCAUGGUUGACAGCAAGACCUCCUGCAGCAAAAGAACACCUUCCAGGCCAUUGCCUGGCAAGUCGGCAAAGAGGACACGGCGCAGGAAUGCCAACAGGCAGCCGCUCAUUCAACACAACACGGAGAAGAAACCAGAGACCAGUUCCGUCUCACCCAUUCUACAGCAACAUAACAAGAGUCCAGUUUGUGUCUACUGAAACUUGACCUCACCAGUUGUUCAACACAUUGGUUGUGUGUUUCCUACGUCAAGCUUCCUGGCAAACACUCAUUUAAAAUGAUCAUUUUUAUGUCCCAGUGCGAAGCAGCUUGAACAAAUGUCUAUUUUUGUACCCUUCAAUUGUUGGACGAUAAGACACUUUUUAGAAUACCUUCACAUACUUCGCUUUUUGAUGUAUUUUUAAUGUAUUAUUUAACAGUUGGAGAUGUGUAUGAACUCAAGGUGCUGCUAAAUCCCCCAAACCACUAAGCUAUGUUGUGUGCACAAAUGCAAUAAUUGUGAAAUACUUUGUUUUAGAGUAUAUUACUGGACUCAGUCCAGUAAAAAUGUUGGUUACACUUCAUGUAAAGGUAUCAUCUGUAAUGCAUUAGUAAUACAUUCAUAAGCCAUCAUAGUGUAUUUAUAAGGCUUUACUGAUCAUAUUGUGAAUGUUUAUAAUCAUGUAUGCUAACUUAUGGGGACUUAGUAUUAUAAGGUGCGGUAUUGGAGUGAAUUGUGUUAUUACAUUAUACCGUGAGUCUUAGGUAAGGGUUAAUAAUCGUAAUAAUAAUGAUUGGAAGUGAAUUGAAAUUGAAAUGAAUGAAAGGUCAUAAUGUAAUGUAUAUAAAGCCUUAUUCAUGCAUUGUGAUGUCUGAUGAAUGUUGUAGCAAUGCAUUGUCAAUGGAUGCUUAAAGUUCAGUGUGACCAAAAUCCUAGAAAAUCAUCUAGUUAUCCAAUCUGUACAAGAUUACCUCUCAACAGCCUUCCUCUGUGGUCAUGUGACCACGAUUAAGCACGGUGGUGGUCAAUUGAAGAUGUUCCUUUUGUGCAGAGGUGUCAAACCCAAUCACUCGAUGGGCCAGAUGUACAUUUUAGACACAGGCCAAGUUGCUGGUCAAACAGAAGUUGAGCAUCUUUGUGGACAGUUGAAACACAACUUGUCUCCUGUCACAACAGACAACACUAGAGGAGCAAAUCUAAUUCAUCCAUGUGAUUUCCCUUCAAUCUACAGCAUUUUUUUCCUUUUGAGAUGUCUCCAGAUCUACUGUUAUAUUGGACUAUUAUAUGCAGUAUUUUUGAGCGGCUCUUUCCUAAGUAUUGAACAUUGUCAUCUUAUUGACACCCAACAUGAACAUACAGUGGAGGUGAUCUGGUUUUGGUCUAUAAAUCUGUACAAAUUCAGCCAGCUACAUAAUUAAAGUGCUUGUGGGCCACUGAAAAUGACUUGACUGCAGGAGCUUGAGUUUGACACUUGUGUACCGGUCUUUUGAUGCCACUCAGCUCCUGGACAACAUACUGUGACAUCUGUCCUUCAUCUGAAAAGACUUCAGCUCUAGCGAUCACAAGGCUGUUUUUUUAAUACUUUGAACCAUGUCACUCUGGUUUUAGAGUGAAUCAGUGCACAAAGGGAGCUUGAAUCAAAAUGUGUAUGAUUUUUAAGACUACGCAUGGGCGAGAGGAAACUGUUUGGCCAGGGUUUAUGAGAUUGUAGCACAGCUUUUGUUAUGGCUGAUCAGAUUCUUCUAAACAGGCUCUACAGCCACUCUGGUACUGUUUUUAAGUUUUUGUCUUACUGCACCCUUCCUGAGGAUUGGUCCUUGUAUAGUUCACUGCUUAUGGUAAAUGUUCUCUUCCUACAUGCCUUUCUUUUGAAGUAUUGU